AUGAAUGUUAGCACACAAAUAGGUGAAUUUGAGACCGAAGUAGAGCGUUCAGCCAUUGCAGAUGUCGUGCAGGAUUGGCGCAUCAUCACCUGGGAGGGCUCCAUGGGCCUCAACGAGGUGGCACUCGGCAUGCGCGUCCCCUACUACUGGUGUGAGCUGAUGGCGAGAACGUGCGGGCAGCGAGCGGCAGAGGAUCUGCUGCUAAGCGCCACGAUGCCAACCUCGACGGAUCUCCGGCAGCUGCAACUGGUCGAUGAGAUCGUUGAGAAGCCUGAGGACUUGCUGCCAGCCGGUGUGGAGAAGCUGCAGAGAUGGCUGAAGUUCCCCAGUGAGGGCUACGUGCCGACCAAGAACCACAUGAGAGGAGACUUCGCCAAGCGAUGGCGAGACGGGAUCGAGUGGGAGGGGAAAGAGGUCUGGAAGGCCAUCAACGACCCACAAACUGUGGCGACGCUGGGCCAGGUGAUCAAGCGACUCUCUGGCGCAGGGAAGUCGAAGCUCUAG